UUAGCUGGACCGGGGUGCGUUUCAUUCAGGCACCGUCUUGGACAGCCACCGCGCGUUGUGUUCACAGAGGACCCUGCAGUCCACCAUGGCGGCGCCCGGUGGAACUUUAAAUUGUGAGGACUUUUCAAUGUUUCAGGAGGUGCUGAAGGUGAUGCGCACCAUAGAUGAUCGCAUCGUCCAUGCUCUGAACACCACCGUGCCCACAGUCUCCUUCUCAGGGAAAGUGGACGCCACGCAAACAUGCAAACAGCUCUAUGAAUCUAUGAUGGAGGCCCAUCUGACCAGAGACAAAGCUAUCAAAUCCUGUAUAGCCCAGACAUCGGAGGUGGUGGGACAACUGCGUGAAGAGAGGGCAAAAGACAGCGAAAACCUGGAGCUCAUUAAACAGCUCAGAAAGGAGCAGACCAAAUUAAAGCUUAUGCAAUCAGAGCUGAAUGUUGAGGAGGUUGUCAAUGAUAGAAGUCUGAAGGUUUUCAAAGAAAGGUGCAGAAUCCACUACACGCCUCCGAAGGUGAAGUGACGACGGAGGUCUGAUGAGCAGAGCCGCUUCACUCGAGGUUUGAAUCCGGACUGGGGCUGAAACUGUGACCUGCUGCUGAGUCCUGACUGCAGGCUGCAGACCAUCCAGACCACUCUGACCUCUCCUCCAACACACUUGUAUUCCAUUGUGAUCGUUGUAAUGCAUUACCACAGCUGUAAAAGAGUCAUCCGUGUGCUUCUUUAAUGACAAACAUUGUACAAAAGGAGUUUUUUAAAAAGACAAUGAAACAUUUUCAAGUGACAUGUCUUGUGUGUGUUUUAAAUCACCUGGACCACCGAGGAAUUCAGUGUUUUCUGUAUGCAGGGAGGUGGUACAGUUUAAUCCAGUCCGUCUUAAAUUCAUGUACAGAUUGAUAUAUCUGAAACAUCUCAUUAACUGUUGAGUGGUUUGGUGUAAAAUCUUGUACACGCAUUCAGGGUUACCAGGUAAUAAAUCCUAAUGACAAUGUGAACAUGUUAGCAUUUAGCUCAUAGCACCACUGUGCCUCAGUACAGCCUCACAGAGCUGAUGGCAGGCUGCACACUCUUAAUAGUGUGUCUUUUUUGUUUGUAAUUUGUUCAGGAAAGUUUUGCAGACAGGACUUAGUUUCACUGUUUAUCCUGAUUUGGUCAGAUUCUGUAUGCGCCACACUCAUUUAGUAAUCUCAGAAGUAGUAUGAAAUACAUUUUCCUCCUCCAGGACACCUGUCAAGUAACUCACAGCAAGAAAAUGUCUUCUGGUUUGUGUGAUCAGAUCUCACAACUUAAGAAAUUUAAAAAUCUGUAUGUUCAUAAUAAGGUUUGUGUGAACUGCAGGGAUUUAUUUACCUUUUUUAAAUUUAUUUGUCAAACCUUUUUCCAGCCAAGCCAGCAUCUGUUUUAGAAAACCAAAUGCUACACAUAAGAACCACAAGAAAUAAAUAUUAAUUAAAAAAAAAAAGUUUUAAUCUUUAUUAUAGAUUUAGAAGGCAGUGCAUUCAACUUGUAGCUUUCCAACGUCAAAUAUCAGUGUCAAAUCAUUUCAGAAUAAAGAAGCAGAGCAUUUUAA